AUGUCAGGGAGCCAGUGCAGCAUUUCAUGGUGCAGGGGAGUGGACGCUCCAGCCGUGCAGCAGACGAGCCUCACACAUGCGAGCCGGCCCAGGAAGAUGCUGCUGCCAGCUCUCCAGAUCUGGGCGUUGUUGUCCCUGUCGCUGCUCUGCCUGCCUCAGCCCGGCCAUAUGAAAAAGCCUUUCCGAUGUCCUUCAACAUGCAGCUGCUCCAAGGAGUCGAUCAUUUGCGUCGGCUCCUCCUAUAUCCCAAGGCUCUCCCUCAACGAUAUCGGUUCUUUGAGUAUUGUCAAUGGGACUUUCACUGAGGUAAAAGAAGCAGUGUUUGCUCACAUGCCAUCCCUCCAGCUACUGCUCUUGAAUUCCAAUUCUCUCACAACUGUAAGGGAUGAUGCUUUCUCAGGCCUUCCACAUCUUGAGUAUCUGUUUAUUGAGAGUAAUAAACUGGAGACAACAUCUAAGUAUACCUUCAGAGGACUCAGGGACUUGACUCACCUGUCUUUAGCGAACAACAACAUUAAAGCCUUGCCCAGGGACCUCUUUAGUGACAUGGACUCGCUGAUAGAGCUGGACUUGCGAGGCAAUGCCUUUGAGUGUGACUGCCGGGCUAAGUGGCUCAUGAUGUGGCUGAAGAGCACCAACGCCACAGUGUCGGAUGUCUUGUGUGCUGGGCCGGAGGACAUGAAGGACAAGCGCCUCAAUGACAUGAACAGCCUGCAAAAUGAGUGCGUCUCAACGGAUUUUGUCCUUCAUCAGUCCGUGGCAUCCGAGUCUCUGUCUGUUGACACAUUCACCUACAAGGAUGAUGUCUAUGUGACUAUUGCUGCCCCCAACACAGAGAGCUGUAUGGUGUACCAGUGGGAUCACAUUGAAAUGAACUUCAGGACUCAUGAUAAUAUCACAGGUCAGUCCAUUGUGGGUUGCAAGUCAGUUGUCAUCCAAGACGAGGUGUUCGUCAUCGUGGCUCAGCUCUUUGGCGGUUCGCACAUUUUCAAAUUCGACGAUGACCAGAGCAGUUUCAAUAAGUUCCAGGACAUUGAAGUCUCCAAGAUAUCCAAGCCCAAUGACAUCGAAGUUUUUCAGAUCGGCUCCGACUGGUUCUUUGUGGUUGCCGAUAGCUCCAAAGCUGGCCUAUCCACUCUCUACAAGUGGAACGAUAAUGGAUUUUACUCAUACCAGUCCCUGCAUGAGUGGUACCGUGACACCGAUGCUGAGUUCGUAAACUUGGAUGGGAAGGCCCAUCUCAUUUUGGCAAGCCGCUCACAGGUUCCCGUGAUUUACCAGUGGAACCGGAGCAACCAGAAGUUUGUCCUGCAGGGCGAGAUCCCCAACAUGGAGGAUGUAGUAGCUGUGAAACACUUCCGAAUCGAAGAGGACCUCUACCUGGCCAUGACACGCUAUAUCGGUGACUCCAAAGUUCUGCAAUGGAGUCCCAAACAGUUUACAGAGAUCCAAGCUGUGCCCUCACGAGGCUCCAUGAUUCUCCAGCCGUUUUCUUUCAAAGAACGUCACUACUUGGCUCUAGGAAGUGACUACACUUUCUCACAGAUCUACCUGUGGGAUGACGAGAAGAAAUUCUUUGACCGGUUCAAGGAGGUGUACAUCCAAGCCCCGCGAUCCUUCACCCUGGUUUCCACCGACCGCAGGGACUUCAUCUUUUCCUCCAGCUUCAAGGGAAACACGCAGAUCUUUGAACACAUCUUCGUCGAUCUCAGCUUGUGAGGGGCUGUGCCUUAUUGUCCCUCCUGCAGUCAAAUGUCUUCCGCUAAAAAUACAUUUGUGAGAGGAGCAAAUAAACAAGACUUUUUGAACCGUUCAACAUCAACACAUGCUUAGUUCGGAAACAACCUAGAGCUUGGUCAAGUAAUGUCUUGACUGUUUCUUUAUGGCCUUGUUCUAUUAACUAUUCUUAUGGGUUCUCAGAUUUAAGAAGAGGUUUCACCAUUUGGCAAAUAUUGCUAUUAUUUUAUAAAAAAAAGAGAAGAAAAAAUUAAAAUCCAGUUGACAUGAAUUGUGGAGGUAUAGAUUUUCUGUUUAAUAUCCAUAAAGCCCAAACAUAAUACACUGGACCAGAGAAAACACGUUCUUGGGUACAACGCUGAUCCAGCUGCUGUGUUUGCCAUGUACAUCAUAUACUUAAAGCCUGUGGUAAUUAAUGUACAGUAUGUUGCCCUAUCAGAGGAGGGAUUUUGUGUUCUGAUGGGCCCACAGUGCCUCGCUCUGGCCGUGAUGAAAACUCACACCCCUUUUUCCCUACAGGGAAAGUCUUGAAAGCACAAACCUUUAACUAUCAAGCGAGAGAUCUUAGAGACUAGUCGUUUAGUGGCAAAUGUAACUGUAGGUGCUAUAGACUGUAUUGUAUACAGAAGUUUAAAAAAAUAAAAGGAUUACGUUUUAGAUCAGAGUUACUACGUGAGGUGGAGCAGAUAAAAGCUCUUGGUAUAAAUCAGGGAAGUUAAACCUACUUGUAAGUUUGAAAAAUAACCACAGAUUUUUUGGCCUGUGACAUAAUUUAACCUUUAUUAAAUAAGCCCCUUUCAACAGAUAUCGAAGGCCUCAGAUAGAAGUAAAAUGUAAAUAUAUCAACUGUAAACAAGAGCUUUUCUCAAAUCUGUUAAUUCUUGUCUUUGAAACUACUGAUUGUUGACAACAUAUAUGUACAAAAAAAAAAAUCAGGAUUGCAAUGCCACUACUUUUUCUGAACAGAUCUUUGCACUUAUUUAAAAAAGACAAGUGUUACUUAAGCUUGCAAGAGCAUGAUUCAUAAAAAAGAAUGAUUGUCAACUAAUUUUUAAAAAACUCUAACAAACUCAAGGUGUUUUUGUUAAUAACGUGAAUGGCAUUGCAAAUAAUAAUAAUGAUAAUAAUAAUAUUAAUAUAUACAUAAAAAGAAAUAU